AUUUCCCUGCUGCAGACAGAAGACGGAGGGCAACAUUUAUGUUCCCAGAGUGUCUUGUAAAAUGCAUGAGCGUAUUCCUCAUCUCGCCUGGAAGUCGCAGGCAGGCAAAAUGAGAGCGCCUGGACUCCGAAGCGAUCUGGAGCAACGUGCAGGAAACCGCAGAAAUGUAUCCUUGCACUUUCGUUCCGUCUCUAUAACGAUGGAUUAGAAAAGACUGCUUCCCCCCCUUCUUUUCCUCCCCUUCUAAAGAAUAUAUGUAUAUCUUAUUUGUGGUAGGCUUUUUCCAUCAUGGCAUUCUUGCAUUGUUUGGCUCUCGCACAACAGACGGAAAGCGAGCGGCUGUCUUUGGUCCCUGAUCUUUCUUAGCCGCGUGGCCCAAGGCUAUGCUGAGAUUCCUCUCCCACUUGUCUUGUUGCAGCCCAAAGGAGGAAUGUUCAGAGGAUGACAAGUGUAUUCUGAGUCGUAUCGUGGUGACCAACAUGCCAUUGAAAUGGAAAACGAGUUCUCCUGCUAUCUGGAAAUUCCCUGUUCCUGUGCUUAAAACAUCCAGGUCGUCGCCACUUUCUCCAGCAUACAUAUCUCUGGUUGAAGAGGAGGACACUCACAUGAAAGUUUCUCUCGGGAGCAGCGAUAUGGGUGUGUCUGCCCACCUGCAGUCAUCGAAAACGGGGACCACCAGAUUCUUCACCAGCAAUACGCACAGUUCUGUGGUUCUGCAGGGUUUUGACCAGCUGCGAAUAGAAGGUUUGCUUUGUGACGUGUCGCUCGUGCCAGGAGACGGGGAUGAAGUGUUUCCUGUGCAUCGGGCAAUGAUGGCAUCUGCGAGUGAUUACUUCAAGGCCAUGUUCACAGGUGGAAUGAAAGAACAAGACUUGAUGUGCAUUAAGCUUCAUGGUGUGAACAAAAUAGGUUUAAAGAAGAUAAUUGAUUUUAUUUAUACGGCAAAGCUUUCUCUCAACAUGGACAACCUUCAGGAUACUCUAGAAGCUGCCAGCUUUUUGCAGAUACUGCCUGUGUUGGACUUCUGUAAAGUGUUUCUUAUAUCUGGGGUUUCCCUAGAGAACUGUGUCGAGGUGGGGCGGAUUGCCAACACAUACAAUCUCACGGAAGUGGAUAAAUAUGUGAACAAUUUCAUCCUCAAGAACUUCCCAGCCUUGUUGAGUACGGGCGAGUUUGUGAAGCUGCCCUUUGAGCGCCUUGCCUUUGUCCUUUCGAGCAAUAGCCUUAAGCACUGCACGGAGCUGGAGCUUUUCAAGGCGGCCUGCCGCUGGCUGCGCUACGAGGAGCCCCGGAUGGAGUGCGCGGCCAAGCUCAUGAAGAAUAUCCGGUUCCCUCUGAUGACCCCGCAGGACCUGAUCAACUACGUCCAGACCGUGGACUUCAUGAGGACUGACAACACGUGCGUCAAUUUGCUCUUGGAAGCCAGCAACUACCAAAUGAUGCCCUACAUGCAGCCGGUGAUGCAGUCGGAAAGGACGGCCAUCCGUUCGGACAGCACCCACCUGGUGACGCUGGGCGGCGUGCUCCGGCAGCAGCUGGUGGUCAGCAAGGAGCUGAGGAUGUACGACGAAAAAGCCCACGAGUGGCGGUCUCUGGCGCCCAUGGACGCCCCCCGCUACCAGCACGGCAUUGCCGUGAUCGGGAACUUCCUUUAUGUUGUCGGCGGGCAAAGCAAUUACGAUACAAAAGGAAAGACUGCCGUGGACACUGUGUUCAGGUUUGAUCCUCGGUAUAAUAAGUGGAUGCAAGUGGCUUCUUUGAAUGAAAAGCGAACCUUCUUCCACCUAAGCGCCCUGAAGGGACAUCUGUAUGCAGUUGGUGGUCGAAAUGCAGCUGGAGAGUUAGCCACGGUGGAGUGUUACAAUCCCAGGAUGAAUGAAUGGAGCUACGUGGCAAAAAUGAACGAGCCCCACUAUGGCCAUGCUGGGACAGUGUAUGGGGGGCUAAUGUACAUUUCAGGAGGCAUCACCCACGACACUUUCCAGAAGGAACUCAUGUGCUUUGACCCCGACACAGACAAAUGGACCCAGAAGGCGCCGAUGACCACGGUCAGGGGCCUUCACUGCAUGUGUACUGUGGGCGAUAAGCUUUACGUCAUUGGCGGGAACCAUUUCCGAGGAACCAGCGAUUACGACGACGUUCUCAGCUGCGAAUAUUACUCGCCCACCCUGGACCAGUGGACGCCCAUCGCGGCUAUGCUGCGCGGUCAGAGUGAUGUCGGGGUGGCUGUCUUUGAAAAUAAAAUAUAUGUAGUGGGCGGAUAUUCGUGGAAUAACCGUUGUAUGGUGGAAAUAGUCCAGAAGUAUGACCCAGAGAAGGAUGAGUGGCACAAAGUCUUUGACCUCCCGGAAUCCCUGGGGGGCAUCCGUGCCUGCACACUGACAGUCUUUCCUCCUGAGGACGGUACAGGGUCACCUUCUAGAGAAUCUCCUCUUUCGGCACCUUGAGAAAGCACUCCGUGGGACUCGCCAUGUUGUCCGUUCCAGUCCUGUCGCGCUGCGGUCAUGGGUUCUCCUCCUGUUUGUCUUCAGUAGUAUCUAUGAGGCUUUGCCCUGAAGCGCCUGUUGGCACGUGAACCGAAGGGGGGAGGGACCGGGGGUGCGGAGAGAAAGAUCAGCCUUACUUGUGCUCUUUGAUCGGGAAUGUCUAUCAAACCGGACCAUGGGACACGUUGGGGUGGGGGGCAGGGGGGGUUUGGAGCCAGAUGUUUAGCAAAGGAGGACAACCGGUUGUCUUUGAAGCAGUAUCUUUGUAUUCGCUCCGCCAGUGGUUGUGUCUUAGGCGUGAGGAUAACGUGCAGCGUAAGAAACCAGUAAGCCAAGCCAGCAGACGUGGGGAGCGGGGAGGACGCAACACGCAGGGAACCGUGUUUGCUAAGCUGGGUUGCUGAAGGGCAGCCUUUCCUUGGUGCAUCUGUGGGGAGAGAAGCUGUCUACCAGUGCAAAUGUUUUGGCUGUUAGCUGCCCCCCCACCAUCUCCCAGUCGAAUGGGGCGUGUUUAGGCCUCUUUCCCCAACUUGUCUCCAGGGGUAAUUUUCAGAGGAUAGGUCAGACAGGAGAAACGUGGCCGUUUUGAAACCCUUAAUAAAUAGAUAAGAGGCAGAACCUGAAUCUGUUAAAAAAAAAACCAAUAUGUUUUAAAAAGUAAUAUAUUCAUAUUGUUUCCUCCCCCCUCCCAAUCCACCACAAGAAAAAGGAAACAUGCCCACGGUUUUGCAUUCUGGUCCUUUUCCUUCUGUUUUUUUUCCCCCUUGUUUCUUCCUUCCUGCAGCCCCCCCCCUCCCCAAAUGAGAAGAAAGCCUGCUUCCUCUGGGUUCGCUAAUGGGAGCCUGAGCUACCCGUACAUGAGGAUUCAGUUCGGUCGUGCCAUGACCUGCUUUGGGUGCCUGCACUGCCUUUUAGGUAGACAAGGGCUAGAAACUGUUUACUUAAGCCACUAAAAUUUCUGACCAAACAGUUCCUUGCAGAUUAAAUUGAAUCUCCCUUCGGUCCCAUCUUCCCUGUCAGCCAAUCUCCUUCUGGUGGUAAGAGAACUUGCCUCACACCUCUGUAUAGAAUCUCAGUUAAAACGGUUAUUUAGCACAAAUGCAGCUGGGACAGCAGCAAGCUGCUUUUGCUCAGAGAAUUCAGACUACCGUGUUUCUUUUGUUCAAUAAAAUCUUUAACUGCAAUUA